AUGGCUCCCACUAAGCAUCGCUUCCCCAUGCUCCUGCUCCUGCUCCUAUGCUCCUACCCCGCAGAAGCUGCAGCCAUGAUCAACAGCACCAAAGCACCUUGCCUCCCAGCACAAGCUUCUUCCCUCCUCCAGCUAAAAGGUUCCUUCAUCGUUGCCAACGCCCGCUUGUCAUCAUGGCAAGCUGGAACAGACUGCUGCCACUGGGAGGGCAUCAUCUGCAACACGGGCUCCGGGAGAGUCAUUUCUCUUGACCUCGGUGGGUUCAACUUGAUGAGCCAUCGUCUACACCCUGCGCUCUUCAACCUCACCUCUCUCAGGAAUCUCAACCUUGCUUUCAAUGACUUCACUGGCGUCCGCUUCCCAGCAUCUGGGUUUGAGCGGCCCACAGAUAUCACCCCUGAACUUCUCCCAACCUACUUUAUUGGUCAGAUCCCCAGUGGGAUUUCCCGCCUCAAGAACCUUGUCGCUCUUGAUUUUUCUGAUAAUAACGGCUUGUAUCUUAAAGAUUCAAGUUUCCAAACUUUUAUGGCAAAUAUGAGCAAUCUGAGGGAGCUCCAUCUUGAUUGGGUGGAUCUAUCUAGCACUGGGUCGACUUGGUCUGCUGUUUUAGGGCAUGCAGUUCCUCAGCUACGGAUUCUGAGCUUGUCUCAGUGUGGUUUAUCAGGUUCUAUUGACCCUUCCUUCUCAAGGCUUGGCGAACUGACAACAAUCAACUUCGGGAGUAACUAUGAGUUGUAUUUUCAAGAGCCAAAUUUCCGAACCUUCAUGGCAAAUAUGAGCAAUCUCAGGGAGCUCCGUCUUGAUUCAGUGGAUUUAUCUAGCAGUGGGUCGACUUGGUCUACUGCUUUAGCAGACUCUGUUCCCCAGCUACAGAUUCUUAGCUUGCAUGCGUGUGGUAUAUCAGGUUCUAUUCACCCUUCCUUCUCAAGGCUUCGCUCACUGGCAUCGAUCAACUUCAGAGACAACGAAUUCAGUGGCAAAGUCCCUGAGUACUUUUCUGAACUGUCUUCCUUGAGCAGCCUUGACAUAUCAGGCAAUCAUUUUGAAGGGCAAUUUCCAACAGAGAUCUUCCAGCUAAAGAGUUUGAUGAUGCUUGAUUUACAUGCGAACCCCAUGCUUUUCGUGAGAUUUACAUAUUUCCCAGCUGGAAACCGUUUGCAGUACCUGGAUCUAGCGGGGACCAACUUCACUUAUGACACGCCACUCUCUUUUGCCAAUCUGACGUCUCUCCAGACUUUGAGCCUUACCACGGGAACCAUGCCCAAGGAACUCCCCACUUCAAUAAGGUUUCCGUCACUGAAUGGACUGGAACUAGAGGGAUCUGGCUUGGAGAAGCCAGUACUAUCUUGGGUUGGCAACCUUAAAGAUUUGAAAUACCUGAGCCUCGAUGGCUAUGACUUCUCUCAAUCAACACUCUCUUGGAUCAACAACCUGACAAGGCUUGAAACGUUUUUCAAUUUUUCUGGCCCAAUACCGUACCAGAUUGGAAAUCUUGCCAAUUUAAGAGAGUUGUCCAUUGAAUUUUGUGACUUCUCUGGGUACCAAAUACCAUCAUGGAUCGGCAAUCUUACAAAGUUGAUAUCUCUGGACAUUUCUGAUAACAAUUGUUUAUCUGGGCCAAUACCCUCAACAAUUGGGAACCUGAUCCAAAUCAAAUGGCUGCGGCUUUCUAGGAACAACCUCACCGGAAACAUUCCAGAGUCUCUGUUAGCCCUUCCAGCCCUGCAAUAUCUUAAUCUUGAUACGAAUCAGCUUUCCGGUUCCUUGGAAGACUUUACUCAUCCUUUAUACUCAGGAUUUUCGCAAAUUAAGGAAAUUGACUUAAGUGAUAACCAAUUGACAGGCCAAAUACCCGAAUCACUUUUUCAGCUUGCAAACCUCCAGAUUCUGUAUCUCGACUCAAAUAAAUUGAUGGGUACAAUAAAACUUAUCUCUAUCUGGGGGUUGACAAAUCUCAAUGAGCUUGACCUGUCUAACAAUAUGAUAUCACUCAUAGACACCGAAGGUGAUACUAUAGCUCCUUAUCUUCCUAGCAUCGAGUACUUAAAUUUUGCAUCUUGCAAUCUUAGAGAACUUCCAGAUGCACUUAGAUAUAUUGACACUAUUACAGACCUUGACCUUUCUAAUAACCAAAUUAAAGGGGCUAUACCAAGUUGGGUGUGGGAGAACUGGAAGGACCAGCUUAACACUUUGGACCUUUCACACAAUUUGUUUACUACAUUAGAGAAGUCACCUUCUCUUGUUCAUAUGACGAAUUUAGCCUUUCUUGAUCUAAGUUCUAAUAGACUUGAAGGAACCAUACCAAUACCAGUAACCGGAUCUGAGGUUAACGUUGUUGUGUUGGAUUACUCAAAUAAUAGCUUCUCCUCCAUUGUAUCUAACUUUGGUAGGUAUCUUAUGAAUGCUAUCUAUAUCAAUUUGUCCAAAAAUAAAUUAAGUGGUCAUAUACCAGCUUCGGUUUGUAGUUUGAACAAACUUGAUAUCAUGGACUUAUCUUACAACUACUUUGAUGGACCAGUCCCAUCAUGUCUCGUAGAAAGAGGAAACCUGACUGUAUUAAAAUUAAGAGAAAACAGACUGCAUGGGGUGCUGCCAAAAAAUAUUGGAGAAGGAUGUAAGCUUCAAACAAUAGAUCUGAAUGGAAAUAGAAUUGAAG